AGGGGAGCGUGCGUAUCGAUGGCGGGCGACGUAUUGAGCGCGCGAGGCGGUGCGCACGACCUUGCCUCCUGCAUUCAGCUCGCUCAUACUCGACCCUUUCCUCGCUCGCGCAAACAUGGCCGCCGACAUUGGCAAGUGGGGCAAUGGGCCGCAUUAUGGCCCUGUCCUCUCCCAGACUGAGCUCUACCUCCUCCGACCUGAGCUCGAGCUACACCCUAUCCUCACUGGCUCCGACGGCUCCUUCCACCUCGUUAUGAACAUGCAGACGGGCCUCAUGGGCGGCUUCAACGCGGGUUCCGCCGCCAGCGACAGCGAAUUCGUCAAGAAGGACGAGCCCGCGACACUCCCGCGCGUCCAGCAGCUCUAUAUCAUCUCCGACCUAGCGCCGUGGUGCACGACGGUACAUAACGACGCGGGCGUGACGUUGGAGAAUAUAUGUCGGGCGCUAUUUCAGCAAUACACCCAAGAACAAGUGACAGAAGCCGAGAUACAGGCCCUCCCUCCACGCGUACACGACCACAUUCAGCGCACAGCCGCACAUCGCGUUGCCAACCAGGCAUACGCCCCCACCGCGCCUUGGGGCGCCUACACUCCUACCAGCCCCGCGCCGAACCGGUUCCAGAGAGUUGACUGGCUCCGCGACCGCAUGUUCCUCGAAGGCCUGCGCAAGGACCCAGACUAUGUGCGCGGCCGCCUCGGAUUCGACGCGCCGAAUAUCUUCAUUAUGAUUUUGACCAGCUGAGGUACUGGCCCGAGGAGGCGUUUGUUCGUUGUGGACAAUUUCACAUACUGCUCUUCAAUGUAUCCGUA